UACAGCCCUUAGCUGUGGUAUGUUGGCCAUAUACCACAAACUCCCCAGGUGCCUUAUUGCUAUUAUAAACUUAUUACCAACAUAAUUAGAACAGUAAAAAAAAUGUUUUUAUCAUUCCCGUGGUAUAUGGUCAGAUAUACCAUAGCUUUCAGCCAAUCAGCAUUCAGGGGUCUAACCACCCGGUUUAUAAUAUGCAAUUUGGGACUGAUAUUACAGUAUUUGGUGCGAGAGCAUUGUGGUUAGGUGAAUAAAUACCUAGCUCUAAAUUUCUAAGAUGUGAUUGUAUCCGUAAAAGUGCUCUGUGUAUACAUCCUCUGACAUAGCCUGAUCAAUGCUGUACUCACGGUUGAUUGUUGGAUUAUCAGGAUAGAAGGUGGAAACAGUUAAUAGCGUAGUAACUUUAAACAAAAAAUAUUCUAGUAUUUUUCUUUGAGAUUAUAACACAUUCGUUUCAGAGGCUCGAGAUUUAUACAUAGAGUUAUUUAUUGGUGAGCUGGGCAACGUCAGUUGGUUUUAUUGCCCAUCACAGAGGAGACCCUAAACGCAUUCUUAGCAUCCCCGACCUUCCCCCUAACAAUCGGAAUGACCAGUUCAGAGCCGAGGCACGAUACUUACCUACGUCAUGUAUUGCAUUUCAUACACGAUCUAAAUCAUGGAAAGAAUGUAAGAAAUUCUUGCUUCAGCAAAAACACAAGAACCAACAAAGCACGCGAGUUUUAUGAGAGUGCUACCGAUACAUAAACGUCUAAAUGUACAACUCACCCUGAAAUGGUGUACAGUGCUCAAGUCAAACAAUUACAUUAUACAAAUAUAUUUGUACAUUGUACUUGUUAGUGGCAUUUACAAUAUGCAAAAUAUGUGCUUGCAAACUACCUUCUCUCUCAAUUCAAUUCAAUUCAAGGGCUCUCUCUCUCUCUCUCACACACACACACACACACACACACACACACACACACACACACACACACACACACACACACACACACAAUAUUCCACUAUUCCCCAUAAGCAGGCUAAACAGAUGUAAAGAUAUCAAUUGAGUUGUCCCAUUUAUAAAAUGACAUAAACUGUAUUCUGGUUUUGGACAGGCAGGAGUUUGAUAUUGCUGACAGAUACACGUCACUUAUAUGUUUAUAUUGUCUUGUUUUCUUGCUGAGUAGCAAGACCCACUAACUUCAUGCAUGUGUUUUCUGACUGUGUUGUUAGAGCUAAAGCUGGUUAUCUAAAAGCUACUGUUUCCUUUUAACUCCUUGCUCUCAAUUGGUGGAGAAGGGUCAGCUGACAUUGUCAUAUUUUCCCUCUCGGAGCCUCAGCUAAAACACUCGGGUUAGUGCGUCUUACUGGAAAUUAAUAAUAUUGAAAUCUCAAGGAACCGUCCAUUUUACAGAAGCAGAUAACGUAUAAAAGGAAGGUUUUGCAAAGGUGUGUGAGAUAGACAGAGUAUAAAGAGAGACGGGAAGGGGGGGCUACUGAGAGAGGGAAGUGAAGAGAAAAAAAGACCGAUAAAGUGGGGAGAGUUAAAGGAGAGGGUUACAGGCAAGGUAUGAAUUCGUAUUUCGCAAACUCGUCGCUCUCCUGCCAUUUAUCCGGUGGUCAAGAUGUUUUGCCAAACGUGUCCUUAAAUUCCACAACUUAUGACACAGUGAGACAUUUUUCCUCGUAUGGGGCUGCUGUGAACCAGAAUCGAAUAUACUCAAAUCCUUUCUAUUCUCCCCAAGACAAUGUUGUUUUUGGGCCGAGCCGGGCAUCCUAUGAGUAUGGAUCUAAUGUGUUUCUUCAAGACAAGGAUGGGGGUCUUGCCAGUUGCAGACAAACAAGCAGAGGGCUGAAUGCACAAAGCCACAGUGCUCAGGAGUACAGCUUGGAUCACGCCAGAGGAGGAUCGCAGGAGCAGAAAGCUAACGUCCAGAUUUACCCCUGGAUGCAGCGAAUGAACUCUCACAGCGGAGUUGGAUUUGGAUCAGACAGACGCAGAGGACGCCAGAUAUACUCCCGUUACCAAACACUGGAACUGGAGAAAGAGUUCCAUUUCAACCGCUAUCUAACCAGACGUAGACGUAUCGAAAUAGCAAACGCUCUCUGUUUGACAGAACGUCAGAUCAAAAUUUGGUUCCAGAACCGUCGUAUGAAAUGGAAGAAAGAGAGCAUUCUAACGUCUACGGUGACAGGGAGUGAAUCAACAGGGACCUCCGUGGAGGAAGGAGACGGCGUGGAGAAGGAAGAGGGAAAAAAUAAAAAUAAAUGAAAGAAAGACAUUUAAAACGAAAUCAUGAGACUACAACUAAACUACCUAGCCAUUCUAGGACCAGAAACUCUAAUGCAUGAUAUUAUUAUGCUAUUUGCCCACCCCCCAUCUAUGUAUCGGUUUGGAUCACUUCAACCAAUUCACAUAGGUCAUUCAUAGGCAUGGUUUACAAACACAAUAUGCAUAAGCAUUCCAAAUGUGAAGGAAAUUCGAAGGCACACUUAUUUUGUUUUUGAUAAUAUAGGUAUUUGAAGCUUUACUUUCCCAUGAAUCCCAUCGUAAUUUGGUGUUGUGCAAUUUGCAUCUAGCAAAUAUCCUGAAAGCUCUCAUGGGGUGAACAACACUACCUAAAUUGUAGAUAUUCCUGUAUAUAUUCUAUGUACGCUUAUGUGUACCCUGUGUAGCUCAAAUGGACGUUCUCAUAAAGUGGCACUUACCACUGUUUAGCCUAAAAACCGUUUUGGGUUACCCAAGACUACCUAAUAAAGAGGACAAAUAAUACACGAGCAAUCACGUUGUUUAGGUUUGUGAAUUUAUGUUUGAUCAUAAUUGUGUAUCAUUGAAUAAAAUGUUUU